UAAUUUGGUGCAAUGUCCUAUACCUACUAAGAACGUUAUGUAAUUUAGCGUUAAAUACUGACAAAAUAGAUUCGUAUUUGCGCUAUUUUAGUAUGUACAUAUACAUGCUCUUUUAAAGGUAAUGACGUGAGAGGCAAAUAUAGGUACACCGAUAAGACUAAGCCGGCGUGUUGUUUUUAUUUAAUAUCUUCCACGAUUUAUGUCAUUCAAUUGAAACAGCGGGUACGCGUUAAUAUCUACCCGUACCUUGUCGCAGUGCUCAAGUUUCGUGUGUGGCGGUUGUAAUCUCAAAUGAAUAUACACCAGUUAUGCUUAUUACUUAUGAUUUGUAUAUGCUAUGGAUUUGAUGAGCAAAAUGAAGAAGAAAGCGUUGUUGUUGAGCUCGAGUUGGCCGAUUAUGAUUUAAUGGAUGCAUACGAUGAAAUAGCACAGACCUCUAAGGAUUUCCUUCUAAACCCAAUGUCACAAAACACAAAGAUUCAAGUGGAAAAACGUCGCGGCAAACUUUUAAAAUUGCAAUCGAGCACGAAUCGCGAAAUGAAAAACAUCCCAUUAGAUUCUAUGCGGAACUGGACGCUCUUAACAAGAUCUGGAGAUUUUCUCUUGCCGGAAGCAGACUUUAAUACGCUAAUUGACUUUGCGAAUUCAAUUCAAAAUUUGUCCAUAAGUGCUGGUGUUCACAAGGAAGGAUAUAUUCAAGGCUUGAAAUCACGAAGAAACGUCGCCGCAUUAUCCAAUUUGUGGUCAGGGCAUCAAAAUAUGUAUAGUUCCCAUAGUAGUGCAUAUUUACCCGUUGUUAGCUUGCUGCACAAAGCGUAUCCGCCAAAUGAUGAAGGUUCUGUGGAGAGCUAUUGGGAGAUGCUAUGCGAGUAUAAAGAUGGCUAUCGACACGCCGCGCGACUAUGGAAAGAAGUGGAGCCUUUGUACAAUAUGUUGCACGAAUUUGUGAGGAUUCGUAUUCAAAAGUAUUAUAAGAUAGCUGAUAAUUACACCUCAAUUCCAGUAUAUUUACUAGGGUCAAAUUUUGGAACAGACUGGAGUGCUAUUGCUAACAUAAUUUUGCCUCAUCCUCAGUUAUAUAAAGAAAUUGAGGAAGCGCUAAAGGGGCAAUCUGUAGAGCAAAUAUUUCGUUUAGCCGAAACGAGCACAAGGGAAUUAAGAUUGGGAUCCUUGGGUAAACAGUUUUGGAAGAAAAGCAUCUUUAAUCACUCUAACUGUGAAUUACAUCUAUUUAGUAAUUGCGCAGAAAAGUAUACGGAAGCUGUAACUUGCGCCAAAGUGGAUUUAUCGUCAUAUAUGGAUAUUCACGACGCCGCCAUAAACAUCGCGUUAAGAAAUCAAGACUAUUCGUCGUUGGCUCGGCGCGAUUUAAGAUUCUCGGCUGUCGACGAAGCUUUGCAAGGAUUGGGAUCAAUGAUAGCACUCGAUAACCUUCCCGCAAAUGGCUUUGUACCUAAAGACGCCUGGACUAGCUUUGGUGACGAGACUGAGCGUAAAAAUGCUGCUUUAUUACUUACAGCUAUAAGGACGUUACCUAAAUUACCAUAUUAUUUACUUAGCGACGUUACGAGAUUACACCACUUAGACAAUCAACAAGAUAAUUUUAUACAAGGUUGGUGGAGUAAUAGGAAAAAGUGGCAGGGCGUGCAAGGAAAUUCAAACACUGAAGCCGAUUUUCUAGGCGAUCACUUCAUAUCACUUAAUAAACCUUAUCUGAGCAAAUUCCUUGGAAUUUUUCUGCAGUUUCAGCUACUGGAACGGUUUAGCUAUUAUGAAGACCAUGAGAACAUUGUAAAUCGCAUUAAAAGUGCAAAAAAUUUUCGCACAUUUAUAAAAGACAGGCCCAAUAGAGAUUGGGCGGAGUUGGUUGAUUUUCACUAUGGCAUUAGCGAAAUCUCAUCAGACUCACUCUUGAACUAUUUCAACCCACUAAAAACAUACUUGAAAGAAGCGCCUUUCGAUUUCAUACCCAGCGACAUCUCUUUGACCACAGAGUCUGAGACGUUAGCUACGGAUACAACUAACACAGUUAGUAAUUUGGAGGCGCAAAAUAUUUCACAACCUGCAACGGCACCUUCUGGUUUAGUAGAUGCGAAUAGUAAACAUGCCGGCAUUUCAAACUCGACUAUUUGGGUGAUUGUGGGAGUUGUAUUUGUAGCCAUUCUUGGUGUCGUAACCUUUUUAAUUGUCCGAAAAGUCAAAAAAAGGAAAAGAAGAACGAACAACAGAAGAUUUGAAACGUAGGUAAAUGAAACGAAGUAGGUAUUACUGUUAGUCAUUUUGUGUUCCAAAAGUUUGUAUUGUGUCAUGGUUUUUGAUACUGAAACUAUGCGUAGGGGUUUAGUGACCCAUAUUACUGAUGUUAAUGUGUACAUAAUUUUUAAAUAAAAUACAUUUGUUAAGAUUA